CUCUGGUUUUCUGCUGCGUUGAUAUCUCGAAAGAGAGAUAAUUGAGUCAUCAUGCCUGUGGAUAUUACUGAAUGGACAGGUUCUCUAGCGCUUACAGAGGUGGAGGAACAACCAGCCAAGCCUCUAACUGUCAAAUAUGGAUCUUUGGAAAUUGACUCGCUGGGGAAAGUGUUCACUCCUACUCAGGUGCAAAAUCAGCCCACAUCCAUUGAGUGGGAGGGAUGUGACCCUGGUAAGCUGUACACAUUGGCCAUGACCGAUCCAGACGCACCCAGCCGAAAAGACCCCAAAUUUCGGGAAUGGCACCACUUCCUUGUCGUCAACAUGAAAGGAAAUGACAUCUCCAGUGGAUGUGUCAUGUCGGACUACGUUGGUGCAGGACCCCCCAAGGGAACAGGUCUCCAUCGUUACGUGUGGCUGGUUUAUGAGCAACCAGGCAGCAUCAGCUGCACCGAACGUGUGCUCUCCAAUCGUUCUGGAGAUAAUCGUGGAAAAUUCAAGAUCCAGGGUUUCCGGAAGAAAUAUGGCCUCGGGGCUCCAAUCGCAGGGUCUUGCUUCCAGGCAGAGUGGGACAACUAUGUGCCCAAACUUUACGAACAGCUUGCUGGCAAAUAAGGAAAUAAUUGCGAAUUUCUGUCAUUGCUGAACAGAGCUCGACUCAGUACAUUUUCACUUCAGCUAUUUAAAAAAAAAAAAAAAAUUAAAC